CUUGCCUCCCUGCAGGGAGCAGGAACAAAUGAGAAAGUGCUGACUGAAAUUCUUGCCUCCAGAACACCUGCAGAAGUGCAGAAUAUUAAACAGGUCUAUCUAAAAGAGUAUGAGGCCAACUUGGAGGAUAAGAUCACAGGAGAAACCUCGGGCCACUUUCAGAGACUGCUGGUGGUUCUGCUGCAGGCAAACAGAGAUCCUGAUGGAGGAGUUGAUGAGCGUCUUGUUGAGCAGGAUGCUCAGGUUUUGUUUCGAGCUGGGGAGCUGAAAUGGGGAACAGAUGAAGAAAAGUUCAUCACUAUCUUGGGAACUCGAAGUGUUUCGCAUUUAAGGAGGGUGUUUGACAAGUACAUGACUAUUUCCGGCUUCCAAAUUGAAGAGACCAUUGACCGUGAAACUUCCGGUGAUUUGGAGAAGCUGCUUUUGGCAGUUGUGAAAUGCAUCCGAAGUGUGCCUGCCUAUUUUGCUGAGACUCUGUAUGAUUCCAUGAAGGGGGCUGGCACUGAUGAUGAUACCCUGAUCAGAGUCAUGGUUUCAAGAAGUGAAAUCGAUCUGUUGGAUAUUAGACAAGAAUUCAGAAAGAACUUUGCAAAAUCAUUGCAUCAAAUGAUUCAGAAAGAUACAUCUGGGGACUACAGGAAAGCGCUCCUGCUCCUUUGCGGUGGAGAUGAUGAGUAACGGGGACGGUGACAUGAAGGAUUUGUUGUACUCCAGCUUUGCGGCCCUUUAGUUAGCACGUCUAGCUAAAUUUUUGUAUCUUAGUGCUUUGUGGCUGUUUGAAUUUAUACUAGUAUUGCACUUAUUAAAAAUGAGCAUAUUGUUAUCUAAGUGAUAGCUGAUCCCUCCUCUUCCUGACAUCCCAACUUCCAGGAAUUUCAAGUGCCUUUUGUGAGUACGCAAGAGUCAUCUUCAAGGAAGAUUGGUACUGAGCACAGAACCCAGUUCUUUGCAAGCGUUUUGCUCAAAUAGGAAAAAAAAAUCAUGUAUUUUACUAAUA